CGCGACAUGCGCGUCCCAUUCACAUUGCCUCCGCUUUGAUACACACACUCACGCUGCUCCUCUUGCCAGCCGAAUCAGUCGGCCCGCCGAUUCGAUGCUGAGCCAAACCAUGGACGCACCCGCCGCGCCCGCACCAACCCUCCAGGUUUCGCGGGAGGGUUGCGUGUCGAGUUCAUCAUCUCGCGGCUACGAGAUCGUGCGUGUGAAGCCGGAACACUACGAGCAAGUGAUGGACUUUCUGCGGCACAACUUCUUCCUGGACGAGCCGCUGAACGUGUGCGUGCAGUUGGUGGGCGACUCGCGUCCCGGCACCUGUCCCGAGCUCGAGGAAUUCUCGAUGGGCGCCCUGCAGCAGGGGUUGUCCCUGAUGGCCGUGUCCCCCGACGGUGCCGUGCUCGGCUGCGUGCUCAACGCCGUCAGCCAGCACGAGGACAUCGAGGAGCUGCAGCGCCUCGCAGACGAGUGUCCGAACCCAAAGUUCAAGCUCAUCCUCGGCCUCCUCGCGCACAUUGAAAAGGAGGCUGACGUUCACCACAGAUUUGACGUGGAGCGCGUGUUCGAGAUCCCGAUGCUGUCGGUAGACUCGAACUGCCGGGGUCGGGGCAUCGCGACGGCGCUGCUGCGGGACGCGGUGGAGCUGGCCACCAGCCUCAACGUGCCGCUCGUCAGGGUGGACUGCUCGAGCAAAUUCACCGCGAUGGCCGUGGCCAAACUGGGCCUCGAGCCCGUCUACAACCUCAAGUACAACACGUACCUGCCGCCCGGCGCCAAACAACCCCCGUUCAACCCCGCCUACCCCCACGACGAGGUCGCGUCGUACGUCAAAAGAUUGUGAUCAAACACCCAUCAGAGAUGGGCACGAGAAACGGCACAAAAUUGCAGCGUUUAUUAGCGGAGAAAACCUGCACGAGGGCUUAUUUCGAGUUGUAUUUAUUUAAUUGUAAUUUUCAAAAUACCUUAUUUUCACUCAAAAUUAGAGAAAUUUGAUAUUUUUUAAACCUGAUUUUCAGGUUCAUUGAAUGUCAUUGGUAAAGUUCAGGGAUUUUCCAUUCGAAAAAUGAAGUUAAAUGAAAUUUAUAUUUAAAACCAAACAAUUUAAGUAUCUCUAUAUAUUAAAAGUGAAUUUUCCGCAUCGGUUAAAUUCUAGGCUUCAUUUGAAAAAUGUAAAUUUAAAUUUUGAAGCCCAAAAGAGGCUCCAGCAGUGAUUUCUAAUUCAUUUUAAACUUUUAUUUGUUUAAUUUCGCAAAUAUCUGAAUAUUUUUUCGAAUUGAAAAUUAUCUUAAAAUAUCUUUUAAAAUUAAUAAUUGUUAGAAGGGUGUUUUUCGACUGGCAGGUUUUCUCAAGAGGAGCAGGUUUUAAAAAUAACCAACUUCACCCUGCAAACAUUUAAAUUUUAAAUUUCACUGACUGAUCAACACGCAGUUUACAAUUCUUCGGUGUGCUGAGCGAGGUUAUGAAAGCGAGAGAGA